GCGAAGAGGAGGAGGGGAGGCAAAAACACCGAAAAACAAAAAGAGAGAAACAACACCCAACAACUAGGAGGGGGGGAAGAAAGAAAGAAAAGAAACCCACCCACCAAAAAAAAAAAAAAAAAAAAAAAAAAAAAAAAUCCUGUGGCGCGCCGCCUGGUUCCCGGGAAGACUCGCCAGCACCAGGGGGUGGGGGAGUGCGAGCUGAAAGCUGCUGGAGAGUGAGCAGCCCUAGCAGGGAUGGACAUGAUGCUGUUGGUGCAGGGUGCUUGUUGCUCGAACCAGUGGCUGGCGGCGGUGCUCCUCAGCCUGUGCUGCCUGCUACCCUCCUGCCUCCCGGCUGGACAGAGUGUGGACUUCCCCUGGGCGGCCGUGGACAACAUGAUGGUCAGAAAAGGGGACACGGCGGUGCUUAGGUGUUAUUUGGAAGAUGGAGCUUCAAAGGGUGCCUGGCUGAACCGGUCAAGUAUUAUUUUUGCGGGAGGUGAUAAGUGGUCAGUGGAUCCUCGAGUUUCAAUUUCAACAUUGAAUAAAAGGGACUACAGCCUCCAGAUACAGAAUGUAGAUGUGACAGAUGAUGGCCCAUACACGUGUUCUGUUCAGACUCAACAUACACCCAGAACAAUGCAAGUGCAUCUAACUGUGCAAGUUCCUCCUAAGAUAUAUGACAUCUCAAAUGAUAUGACCAUCAAUGAAGGAACCAACGUCACUCUUACUUGUUUGGCCACUGGGAAACCAGAGCCUUCCAUUUCUUGGCGACACAUCACCCCAUCAGCAAAACCAUUUGAAAAUGGACAAUAUUUGGACAUUUAUGGAAUUACAAGGGACCAGGCUGGGGAAUAUGAAUGCAGUGCGGAAAAUGAUGUGUCAUUCCCAGAUGUGAGGAAAGUAAAAGUUGUUGUGAACUUUGCUCCUACUAUUCAGGAAAUUAAAUCUGGCACCGUGACCCCCGGACGCAGUGGCCUGAUAAGAUGCGAAGGUGCAGGUGUGCCACCUCCAGCCUUUGAAUGGUACAAAGGAGAGAAGAAGCUCUUCAAUGGCCAACAAGGAAUUAUUAUUCAAAAUUUUAGCACAAGAUCCAUCCUCACUGUUACCAAUGUGACACAGGAGCACUUCGGCAAUUAUACUUGUGUGGCUGCCAACAAGCUAGGCACAACCAAUGCGAGCCUGCCUCUUAGCCCUCCAAGUACAGCCCAGUAUGGAAUUACCGGGAGCGCUGAUGUUCUUUUCUCCUGCUGGUACCUUGUGUUGACACUGUCCUCUUUCACCAGCAUAUUCUACCUGAAGAAUGCCAUUCUACAAUAAAUUCAAAGACCCAUAAAAGGCUUUUAAGGAUUCUCUGAAAGUGCUGAUGGCUGGAUCCAAUCUGGUACAGUUUGUUAAAAGCAGCGUGGGAUAUAAUCAGCAGUGCUUACAUGGGGAUGAUCGCCUUCUGUAGAAUUGCUCAUUAUGUAAAUACUUUAAUUCUACUCUUUUUUGAUUAGCUACAUUACCUUGUGAAGCAGUACACAUUGUCCUUUUUUUAAGACGUGAAAGCUCUGAAAUUACUUUUAGAGGAUAUUAAUUGUGAUUUCAUGUUUGUAAUCUACAACUUUUCAAAAGCAUUCCGUCAUGGUCUGCUAGGUUGCAGGCUGUAGUUUACAAAAACGAAUAUUGCAGUGAAUAUGUGAUUCUUUAAGGCUGCAAUACAAGCAUUCAGUUCCCUGUUUCAACAAGAGUCAAUCCACAUUAACAAAGAUGCAUUUUUUCUUUUUUGAUAAAAAAGCAAAUAAUAUUGCCUUCAGAUUAUUUCUUCAAAAUAUAACACAUAUCUAGAUUUUUCUGCUCGCAUGAUAUUCAGGUUUCAGGAAUGAGCCUUGUAAUAUAACUGGCUGUGCAGCUCUGCUUCUCUUUCCUGUAAGUUCAGCAUGGGUGUGCCUUCAUAAAAUAAUAUUUUUCUCUUUGUCUCCAACUAAUAUAAAAUGUUUUGCUAAAUCUUACAAUUUGAAAGCAAAAAUAAACCAGGAUGGUAAAGUUAAACCAUACACUAUCUCUAAGUAAUGAAGGAGAUAUUGGACUGUAAAAAUCUCUUUCUGCACUGACAGUGGGGUUUGAGAAUUUUGCCCCACACUAACUCAGUUCUUGUGAUGAGAGACAAUUUAAUAACAGCAUAGUAAAUAUACCAUAUGAUUUCUUUAGUUGUAGCUAAAUGUUAGAUCCACCGUGGGAAAUCAUUCCCUUUAAAAUGACAGCACAGUCCACUCAAAGGAUUGCCUAGCAAUACAGCAUCUUUUCCUUUCACUAGUCCAAGCCAAAAAUUUUAAGAUGAUUUGUCAGAAAGGACACAAAGUCCUAUCACCUAAUAUUACAUGAGUUGGUAAGCACUCAUCAUUAAUUUUGUUCUGUGGCAGCUAAGUUAGUAUGACAGAGGCAGUGCUCUUGUGGACAGGAGCAUUUUGCAUAUUUUCCAUCUGAAAGUAUCACUCAGUUGAUAGUCUGGAAUGCAUGUUAUAUAUUUUAAAACUUCCAAAAUAUAUUAUAACAAACAUUCUGUAUUGGUAUGUAGCAGACCAAUUUCUAAAAUAGCUAGUUCUUCAAUAAAAUCUUUCUAUAUAGCCAUUUGAGCUCAAACAAGUAAAACCAAAAAAGACCAUCCUUUAUUUUUUCUUACAUGAUAUAUGUAAGAUGUGAUCAAAUAAAGACAAGACACCAAUGAUAAGAAUAUCUUGAUAUACUAAUUAUCAAAUUAUUGUGAAUGUUAAAUUAUUUCUACUAUAAAGAAGCAAAACUACAUUUUUGAAGGAAAAUGCUGUUACUCUAAACAUUAAAUUACAGGAAGAGUUUGAUGGUUUCACUCUUUACUAAAGAAAACCGUCACCCUGAAAGCCAUUUUACAGGUUUGAUGAAGUUACCAAUUUCAAUACACCUAAAUUUCUACAAAUAGUCCCCUUUUAUAAGUCGUAACAACAAAGACCCUACAAUAAAAUUAGAUAGAUACAAGAAAUUUUGCAGUGGUUAUACAUAUUUGAGAUAUCUAGUAUGUUGCCCUAGCAGGGAUGGCUUAAAAACUGUGAUUUUUUUUCUUCAAGUAAAACUUAGUCCCAAAGUACACCAUAAAUCAGUUUUAAUUAGAAAAAUGAAUCUUAAAUGAGGGGACAUAAGUAUACUCUUUCCACAAAAUGGCAAUAAUAAGGCAUAAAGCUAAUAAAUCUACUAACUGUAAUAAAUGUAUGACAUUAUUUUGAUUGAUACAUUGAAAAAGAGUUUUUAGAACAAAUAUGGCAUUUAACUUUAUUAUUUAUUUGCUUUUUAAAAACAUUCUUUGUGGAAUUGGUGAAUAAACUAUAAAAUAUUAUUUUGUAUUGCAGCUUUAAAGUGGCACACUCCAUAAUAAUCUACUUACUAGAAAUAGUGGUGCUACCACAAAAAAUGUUAACCAUCAGUACCAUUGGCAGAAAGAAACAGAUCAAGAAUGCAUAUUAUUCAGUGACCGCUUUCCUAGAGUUCAAAUACCUCCUCUUUGUAAGGUUUGUAGGUAAAUUGAGGUAUAAACUAUGGAUGAACCAAAUAAUUAUUAGUUCAAAGUGUUGUCAUGAUUCCGAAUUUGUGGAGUCUGGUGUUUUUACCAUAGAAUGUGACAGAAGUACAGUCAUAGCUCAGUAGCUAUAUGUAUUUGCCUUUAUGUUAGAAGAGACUUUCUUGAGUGACAUUUUUAAAUAGAGGAGGUAUUCACUAUGUUUUUCUGUAUCACAGCAGCAUUCCUAGUCCUUAGGCCCUCGGACAGAGUGAAAUCAUGAGUAUUUAUGAGUUGAAUAUUGUCAAAUAAGGCUACAGUAUUUGCUUUUUUGUGUGAAUGUAUUGCAUAUAAUGUUCAAGUAGAUGAUUUUACAUUUAUGGACAUAUAAAAUGUCUGAUUACUCCAUUUUAUCAGUCCUGACUGUACAAGAUUGUUGCAAUUUCAGAAUAGCAGUUUUAUAAAUUGAUUUAUCUUUUAAUCUAUAACACUUUUUGUUAGCUGUUCAUUUCAGGAUUAUAUUUUCUACAAGUUGCACUUGUGGGACUCCUUUUGUUGCCCCUAUUUUUUUUAAAGAAAGAAGAAAGAAAAAUAAGUAGCAGUUUAAAAAUGAGAAUGGAGAGAAAAGAAAAAGAAUGAAAAGGAAAGGCAGUAAAGAGGGAUAAAAAGGAAGGCUGGAAGGAAUGAAGGGAGGAAAGGGAGAAGGUAGGAAGAAAGAAAGGAUGAGAGGGAAGGAAGGAUCAGAGUAUUAGGGUAGUUAACUUACACAUUUGCAUUCUUAGUUUAACUGCAAGUGGUGUAAUUAUGUUUUACAAUGAUCGCAUUUGAAACGUAAGUCCUAUUAUACCAUUAAGUUCCUAUUAUGCAGCAAUUACAUAAUAAAAAGUACUGCCCAAGUUACAGCGAUGUGGGUGUUUUUGAGACACUAAAAGAUUUGAGAGAGAGAAUUUCAAACUUAAAGCCACUUUUGGGGGGUUUAUAACUUAACUGAAAAAUUAAUGCUUCAUCAUAACAUUUUAGCUAUAUCUAGAAAGAAGACUGGAGAACUGAGAAAAUUACCCAGGUAAUUCAGGGCAAAAAAUAUAUAUAUAUAUAAAUACCCCUACAUUUGAAGUCAGAAAACUGUGAAAAACUGAAUUAUCAAAGUCAAUCUUCUAUAAUGAUCAAAUUUACUGAAUAAUUGUUAAUUUAUCUAUUGUGCUUAGCUUUGUGACACAGCCAAAAGUUACCUAUUUAAUCUUUUCAAUAAAAAUUGUUUUUUGAAAUCCAGAAAUGAUUUAAAAAGAGGUCAGGUUUUUAACUAUUUAUUGAAGUAUGUGGAUGUACAGUAUUUCAAUAGAUAUGAAUAUGAAUAAAUGGUAUGCCUUAAGAUCCUUUGAAUAUGUAUUUACUUUAAAGACUGGAAAAAGCUCUUCCUGUCUUUUAGUAAAACAUCCAUAUUUCAUAACCUGAUGUAAAAUAUGUUGUACUGUUUCCAAUAGGUGAAUAUAAACUCGGUUUAUCAAUUAAAAUAUGUAUUUGACUCAUUUUAAAACUCUGUUAGCUUAAGAGAAAGAAGGAAGAAAUAAUAAUUUGAAGAUAUUUCUGCUAUUCUCUUUAUUUCCUGUAUUACACUCAUCUUUCUGCUUACUCUAAAGCAGUACAGGGUAAAAAUUUUAGAUGCUACAGUUUAAAGGACUCCACACUAUAUUCUUUCUUGCUGUUGCUGAUUCCUAAAAGGUUUGAUGAGCUGAACUACAUCUAAACUAAAAAUAAAUUUCCUGGAAACAUUUUAUUAUUAAUUAUUUAGAACCUUUACCUGGUAAAAUACAGCAGAGUUAGCAACAGAGAAUAAAUAUCCUGUUAAUAAAAUCCUGAUGAUCUUUCUUACAGGCUAAACAAACAACUGAAAACUCAAAUGCUUGUAAGAGCCAGGCAGAGUGUAAUUUCUUAAGACAGCUGGGUAUAAAACAAUGGGCACCUGAAGGUAUUCAGAUACAAUUUCCUUAAAAAUACCUUGGUUUCCAAGCAAAACAUGUUAUUUGGCUGAGAACCUUUAGUUUGUAAAUACUAAACCAUAAUAUACAAAUGAGAUCUCAUGCCAAAUGAAUUUUUUAAGCCCUCUUUCCCAUAUCUGUUCAUCUGUGAUAGUCAACUGAAUAAAUGAGAACAAUGUGGUAGAUGAUAAAACAACAAAGCAUAAAAAAGAUUCAUGCUUGGUUUUAUAAGCUAUUUUGAAAUAUAGGUAUCAUUGCUAUUCUGAGAAACCCAUAUACACCAAAGCCCUCCCUCCACAAAAAAACUGGAAAUGUUCUAAUAAAUGUCUGAUUUCCCCCACAGCUUCAUUAUUUCCUCCCUUUUCAACAUCUAUCUUAUCUAUCUUGAAUAAAUUACGUCACAGAAACAGAAACAUCAAGUAUCAGACACGGAAAACCUGCACAUGAAACAGAGCUAGUUUCCCUCUCAAAAGAAUAGGGCAAAACAUAGAUGCUUCAAAAUCAUAUCUAGGCAUACAGAAAAUAAUUAUUCACUUUAACCUGACAGUCAGUCAGAAAUGUAAGUAAGAAUUUGUAGAGACAAUUUUCCAAGGUAAUUCAUUCAAGUUAGUGGAAUUUGAUCCAAACACCCGUCAAUGUACUCCCUCUGAACUUUCCAAGAAGCAAACACCUUCACAUUUACAGUCACUGUUUUUCUAGUAAUUAAUUCCAAACUUACUAAGAAGUAUUUCAGAAUUGGUAUCACUGGUGGAAAGACAGCAAUUUAGCAAACAAAUAAAUGCUUUCCAGUAUUCCUAGAGAGAAGGAAAAGAGGAAUACGUUUCAUUCUUCUCCCUAGAAGCUCCACCCACAGUCAUCCUAAAGCUAGACCAAUCUCUCCCAGGGCUUUCCUUUGGUCUAAGAAACGUGUUUGACUUCAGAGACAAUUGUGGCAACUAUGGUUUUCCCCAAAGGGUCACAACUACCUCUACCUUACAUUUUACAAUGGAUCACUUUUGCAAGUGUUGCUAUUAUGGCUUUCUCAACACUUUCAAAUACUUAAAGGAGAAAAUAUUAUUAUUGUCACGUAUUGAUGGUGAAAACGAGAUUCAGAAAUUUUGAGUCACUUGCUGAAGAUUAUACUUCAACUAAGUGGCAGAUCUGAGCCAAAUAUGCAAUGAAAAAUGUUCCAAAUUUGUUUCUAGUCCCAGACUACCUAGGAAAAAGAAAAGCAUAUAAUCGCAUUGCUAGCUUCAUAGACAACUAUUUGUAUAUUUUUAUUUAUAUAUUUAUAUGAAUAUAAGCACAUCUUAAAUAUAAAUACAGAUAUUUAUGACAUCCUUGUAUUUUCCAAUACCUGCAGAGGGUAUGAGAUUUAAAGGCUAAUCAGAUUGUACCUGUCAUCUAAAAAUUUGGAAAUGUGAAACUCACAGUGCAGUUGCCUUUGGACACACAGCCUUGGGUUGUAUCAGACCGGUCACACCAAGUGGAGAAUCUUGUCAUAAUCACAUGUAUCUUCUUUUUGUAUAGCAUUUUGCAAAAGAUGUGUCAAGUUUGGGAUAAUCCACUAAGACUAUUCCUCAGACAUCUGCAAUCAACAGAAUUUUGGGGGAAAUGGAGAUCAGAAUACAUACACACUUUAAAAAAAAUUCACAAUAGAAUACUGAUUUUAAUCUGAGUGAUGUUGUUUGAGGCCAUUUAUACUGAAAUACUAACAUGAACAUCUGUUUGUGCUGGGACCGUAGAACAAGAGAAAGAUUCUAAUUCUAGAAAUUAAAUGAUAUUCAAACUAAGAAAUACAGUUGUAUUUUGUUUUCAAAAUAUGAAUAUAAUACAAAUCCUAUGGAUAUCACCACUUGGUUUGAAAAACAUAAAAAGUGUGAUUUUCAUACACUUAUGAAAUGAAUAAAUUAAUUCAUUAAUGAAGGACCUGAUAAGAUAUUACUACCAGAUAAAAGGAUAAUUUAAAGAACAUACACAUUUAUAGAUUAAAAACCUUGAAAUGUACUAAUGGAGGCAAAACUGGCUUCCAGAGUGAGGAGGAGAAUUCAAUUGAAUUUUUACCCCUCAGAAUUUACUUCCAUAUCUGCAGACAAGACAUAUUUUGCCUUAGUAUUAUUUAUUUACAACUUGAAGAAGAGUUCAAACAUAAUGAAAAAUACAGAGGCUCCAAAAGAAUUAGAAUCAGGUAACCUGUAAAAGUGUGUUCCAAGUAAUUAGUGGUUUUUCAUUUCAGCAAAAAUUCUUCUCUGCAAUGAAGAGACAUAAUUUUUUUUUUCUUUUUUAGACAGAGUUUUGCUCGGUUGCCCAGGAUGGAGUGGUGUGAUCACGGCUCACUGCACGCUCCGCCUCCUGGGUUCAAGCAAUUCUCCUGCAUCAGCCUCCCCAGUAGCUGGGAUUACAGCCACAUGCCACCACACCUGGCUAAGUUUUGUAUUUUUAGUAGAGGUGGGGUUUCACCAUGUUGGCCAGGCUGGUCUAGAACUCCUGACCUCAAGUGAUCCACCUGCCUCAGCCUCCCAAAGUGCUGGGAUUACAGGUGUGAGCCACCGCUCCCAGACGAGAUGUAAAAUUUUUAAAGCCAUUGAAUUAAAUUCAUUGCUAACAUUUUGAGCUUUGAUAAUGUAAUUCCUACUUUAAUGACUCAAAAAAAAAAAAAAACCCGUUACCUAUCUAUCUAAUCAUCUAUGUUUUAAUUACUCCUUUUCUUCCUUAUCUCACAAACCAUAAUCCCAUAGACUGGGACAUGUGAAAGAGAAAGUAAACAGUCACAAGAACUACCUUGCUUUGGGAAUCCACCUUGUUGAAAAAAUAUUAUAUUUUGGGCACUUGUUAAAAAGAAUUAAUGGAAAAAGUCUUUUUUUUUUUUGUCACAGGGGCAUUUAAUUCAUGGUAUAACAGGAAUUUUAUAUCAAAAACAGAAAAUGAAGUAACAGUUGAGAUAGCAAUAUUUCAUCAACCAAAUACUAUGAUAAUGAUAAAAACAUUGCAAGAAGCUAUAGCCAGAACUGAGUGUUCUACUCCUACUUAAUGCUAAUGAGCCCAGUCCUAGCACACAUCUUGGUUUGGUAGAAACUACAGGAGGUAGCAUGGUUCAUUAGACUUUCAAAACUUUAAAAUGUUAAAGAGGGUGGUUUCCCUCCUUCAUUUCAAAUGGAUUGCUCAAAGCACUGGGCUAUUCCUUGGUGGAACUUUGAAUUUGCCAGUUUCUUCAUUAAUUUUGACCUUUUUACAUUCAAAAAAAAGUUAACUUUACAUUAAGCCACAGCAGACUUAGACCUCCCGCAGUUCUGAAUUGUGCUUAAACAGGUAUUCAAGCACACGGGAUUUCUCAAGAAAAUUUGGGGACUAUAUCUUAGAAAAAAAAAUCUUAUAAAAUAUUCGUUGAAGACUAUAAUAUGCUAAAGCUAAGGAACAACAUUCUCUUGAUUGUUCUAAAGAUACCUAGUAAGAUACACAGAACUCUUACAUAGUUUUCUAAGUAGUUUCAUAAAUGUGCAUUGUGGUUGUCCUGAAACUUGACAUCUUCCUACCAAGUACUUGACAAGUGACCUGGCAAAAAUGUGUUCAAUAGCUCAUUUUUGACAUACUCCUUAAGAAAUAAUUGCCAGAGAUGUGAAACUGCUUCAAGCUCAUGUCUUUUUCAAAACAAAACACAUACUCACACACAAAUACAAAAUCGCAUUGCUAUCAGUGAUCUGGAAAAUAAGCUUGCAAGCUGGCCAUGUGGUGUUCUGAAUAAUUUUUUUAAAGUAGAAGAAGAAAUGACAACAGUGCAACCAACAGUUUCUGUUUAAGUUUUAUUUGCUAAGACGUUAGCAUAAGGAACAUCUUGUGAUUUAAUUAAUCAGAAGAUGGCACCUGCUUUAAAUACUGACAUGGAGAAAAGCAGAUUUUUUAAAAAAUUUGGAAUAAAUUAAUUUCUUGUAAUACAUUUUUCUUGUUGAUAAAUGACUAAAUUAUGCUUUGGAAUGUCUUACUGUCUAAUAACUUUAAAUGUUGACAAGGAGAAAGACUGGGUUUUGUUUUUUUUUAAUUUUGAAUAAGCAAUUUUUUCCUGGAAACAUAUAUAUUUCUAAUUUAUAGAUAAACUAGUAUGUGUGUUCAGAAUUCCUGUUCUCUCAUUAUUCAGGUUUCAAAAUGUAUUAACAAAGCUUUUAUGGUUUUAUGAUAGACAAUUAGAUAUCUUUCUUCAGGUAACAGAACUUGUAUAAUGGUAUAUUAGUCAGUUUUCACACUGCCAAUAAAGAGAUACCCGAGACAGGGCAAUUUACAAAAGAAAGAGGUUUUUUUGCACCUACAGUUCCAUGUGGCUGGGGAAGUCUCACAAACACAGUGGAAGGUGAAAGGCACGUCUCACAUGGCAGCAGACAAGAGAAGAGAGCUUGUGCAGAUAAAUUCCCCCUUACAAAACCAUCAGAUCUCAUGAGACCCAUUAACUAUCACAAGAAUGGCAUGGGAAAGACCUGCCCCCAUGAUUCAGUUACCUCCCACCAAGUCCCUCCCACAAUCUGUGGGAAUUCCAAAUGAGAUUUGGGUGGGGACACAGCCAAACCAUAUCAUUUCCACCCCUGGUCCCUCCCAAAUCUCAUGUCUUCACAUUUCAAAACCAACCAUGCCUUCCUAACAGUCCCUCAAAAUCUUAACUAAUUUCAGCACUAUCUCAAAAGUCCACAGUCUAAAGUCUCAUCUGAGACAAGGCAAGUCUCUUCCGCCUAUGAGCAGCCGGUAAAAUCAAAAGCAAGUUAGUUACUUCCUAGAUGCAAUGGAAGUACAGGCACUAGGUAAACAUAGCCAUUCCAAAUGGAAGAAAUUGGCCAAAACAAAGGGGCUAGAGGGGCGGUCAAGUCUAACAGCUCCAAAGUGAUCUCCUUUGACUCCAUGUCUCACAUCCAGGUCAUGCUGAUGCAAGAGGUGGGCUCCCACGGCCUUAGGCAGCUCUGCCUCUGCAGCUUUGCAGGGUAUAGCCCUCCUCCUGGCUGCUUUCACCAGCUGGCAUUGAAUGUCUGUGCCUUUUCCAGGUGCAUGGUGCAAGCUGUUGGUGGAUCUAUGAUUCUGGGAUCUGGAGGACAGUGGCCCUCUUCUCACAGCUCCACUAGGUGGUGUCCCAGUGGGGAUUGUGUGGGGGCUCCACUCCACAUUUCCCUUCUGCACUGCCCUAGCAGAGGUUCUCCAUGAAGGCCCCACCCCUGCAGCAAACUUCAUUCUGGGCAUCCAGGCAUUUCUAUAUAUCCUCUGAAAUUUAGGUGGUGGUUUCCAAGCCUCAAUUUUUGACUUCCAUGCACCCACAGGCUAGACACCAUGUGGAAGCUGCCAAGGCUUGGGGCUUCCACUGUCUGAAGCAACAGCCCAAGCUGUACCUUGGCUUCUUUUUAAUCAUCCUUGGAGCAGCUGGGAGGCAGAGCACCAAGUUCCUAGACUGCACACAGCAGAGGGACCCAGGACCAGGCCCACAAAACCAUUUUUUCCUCCAAAACCUAGGGGCAUGUGAUGGCAGGGGCUGCUGCAAAGGUCUCUGACGUGCCCUGGAGACAUAUUCCCCACUGUCUUGGUGACAUUCAGCUCCUCAUUACUUAUGCAAUUUUCUGCAGCCAGCUUGAAUUUCUCCUCAGAAAAUGGGAUUUUCUAUCACAUUUUCAGUCUGUAAAUUUUUCAAACUUUUAUACUGUGUUUCCCUUUUAAAACUAAAUGCCAGCCAGGUGCAGUGGCUCAUGCCUGUAAUCUCAGCACUUUGGGAAUCUGAGACAGGCAGACACCUGAGGUCAGGAAUUUGAGACCAACCUGGCCAACAUGAUAAAACCCCAUCUCUACUAAAAAUAUAAAAAUUAGCCAGGCAUGGUGGCACAUGACUGUAAUCUCAACUGGGAGGCUGAGGCAGGAGAAUUGCUGGAACCCAGGAGGCAGAGGUUGCAGUGAGCUGAGAUCAUGCCACUGCACUCCUGCCUGGGUGACAAAGUGAGACUCUGUCUCAAAAACAAAACAAAACAAAACAGAACACUGAAUGCCUUUAACAACACCCAAGUCACCUGCUGAAUGCUUUGCUGCUUAGAAAUUUCUUCCACCAAAUAUCCUAAAUCACCUCUCUCAACUUCAAAGUUCUACACAUCUCUAGGGCAAGGGCAAAAUGCUACCCAUCUCUUUGCUAAAACAUAACAAGAGUCACCUUUGCUCCAGUUCCCAACAAGUUAUUCACUUCCAUCUGAGACCAUCUCAGCCUGGAUUUUAUUGUCCAUAUCAUUAUCAGCAUUUUGGUCAAAACCAUUCAACAAGUCUCUAGGAAGUUCCAAACUUUCCCACAUUUUCCUGUCUUCUUCUGAGCCCUCCAAACUAUUCCAACCCCUGCCUGUUACCCAGUUCCAAAGUCACUUCCACAUUUUCAGGUAUCUUUUCAGCAGCACUCCACUCCUGAUACUAAUUUACUAUAUUAGUCAAUUUUCACACUGCUGAUAAAGACAUACCUGAGGCUAGGCAACUUACAAAAGAAAGAGGUUUAUCAGACUUAUAGUUCCACGUGGCUGGGGAGGCCUCACAAUCAUGGUGGAAGGUGAAAGGCACAUCUCACAUGGCAGCAGAGAAGAGAAGAGAGCUUGUGAAGGAAAACUCCCCCUAUAAAACCAUCAGAUCUCAUGAGACUUAUUUACUAUCAUGAGAACAGCAUGGGAAAGACUUGCCCCCAUGGUUCAAUUACCUCCCACCAAGUCCCUCCCACAAUACGUGGGAAUUCAAAACGAGAAUUGUGUGGGGACACGGCCAAACAAUAUCAAAUGGUUUUGAUUUUUAUGUUGAGGCACAUUCUCAGGCUAGUAUCAUUUCAAGAAAAACCUGUUAUUUGUUGAUUUUGGAAAUUUUAAAAAUCAGAUUUAAUUUACACUGAAAAAUGGUUGACCUUAACGUUUCUCAGAUAACCUGAUAUGUUCAUGUGGCAUUCAUUCAUUCAUUAAUCCAUCCACUUGUUUGACAAUAAAAUGUGAUUUAGGUGACCUCUGAAGAGCUGUCUAAAAAGAAUUACCUGGUAGAGUUAAUCUGGAUGUUUAGGACACUAUCACCAAACUGAAGAAAAAGGCACCCAUUUCUCUAUCCUUUCUCUAGGAAGCUGAUUUCACUUUUAAACUGAAAGUGAGAAAGGAAAAGGAAGAAGAAAAGAAACAGGGGGAAAAGAAAAGAAAGAGGAAGGGAAAGAAAGAGAGAGAUUAAUGUAUAUUUUCUCCUGAGAAAGGCUUCUUUUGUGUGUGUGGGUGUGGGUGUGCAUGUGUGUUUCCUGUUGCCUGGAUCUAUCAUAAAAAGCAAUGUCUUCUCUGGAAUGGGGCUUCAGUUUCCACGUUUACAAUUAUUACAUAUUACAAUUAGUGAUAUGAAUAAAGUCUGUUAUCCUACA